AUGGGAAGGACACAUCAGGGUGAGGUGAACGGACAUAUCAAACCAUUGGAAAUGAAUCAUUUGCACUCUCCUCGCUCUUCCAUGUACCACUGGCUAUCUGAUCUGAAACUGCUUCCGGCAGUUUAUCAUCAGAUAAUCGGUGCAGUCACCAGCGAUUGCGGUUUGGAUAGUUCGUUAAUUUACGAAGUAUUCCUGACCUCCGGACUCAGUCAACCCAUUCUUCACCACAUCUGGUCUGCUACCAGUCAGUCCCAUCCGGGUUGGUUCACACCGGCUGAAUUGGUCUCAGCCCUUGCUCUCAUCGGUCUGGCUCAGGCUGAACAACUUAAUCAACAAAGCACCAAUCUGGAAACAGUUCUACGCACCUUAACCCUAAGAAGACUCCAUACACUUCCUAAUCCACCUACACCAUAUGUGCGAAUCCCUGCUAGUCGACUACUGACUGAUGUGCACUGCCCAACACAACCGCCCACUCUCCGCUCCUCACUCAAUUCACCAAAUCAUCAAUCCACUUCCUCGAAUGCAUUUAAACACCCGUGGCCGUCCAAUGCAACAACAAACGGCACAACAGCUUCGUUCACAGCAAGCUUGAAUCUGUUCGAAACCGUGCCAAACACCACCCCGUGUGAUCAGGGGGAGGAUGAUUGGGCGGAAUUCACCUCGUGCAAAAAUCCGGUAAUUUCAUCUUUACAGUUGUCUCUGUGCACAUGCGGUCUGAUUUUUCGUCUAUUUUCCGUUUCGUAUGAAUAA